AUGGAACUGAGGCAGUCAUAUCGUCGGGGAGAGGCGUCGGACUAUGUUGCGGAGACGGAGCGGUUGAGACGAGAGGUGAGCUAUCAUCUGCGAGACCGCCCGAUGCCUGAUCGUGACAACGGGAGGCUUCAGAACGAGCUUGGCUGGCACGAUGACCGUGGCAACCUGCUGCGGUUUCUGGAUGAUCCAGGCAUAGAGCCGACCAACAACCGUGCAGAGCGAGCGCUGCGCGGGGCGGUGAUAGCGCGCAAGGUGUCGCACUGCUCGAAGAACGAAGAUGGUGCGGAUGCGUUCAGUGCGUUCACCAGUGUAAUCAGGACGCUGGCCCGCAACGGUGGCGAUCAGCCGCUGGUGGAUGGUCUGUGCGGUGUGUUCAGCGGCGCGCCUGUCCACGCCCGCUCCACCUGA